AGUUGCAGAGCGAGAGAGAGAGAGAGAGAGAGAGAGCAGCUCGAAUCACGGAGCCAGCUCUGCGCGGCAGUCUUCCUCAGGAGAGUAGCCAGUAGAGAGAGGCCGUCGCUCUCCUCUCUCGCUGCUGCUAUCGCGCCGCGCGCGCGCGGUCCUCGUCCGAAUCGACGCAUAUAACGCGUGCACAGAUAUAAGUAUAGGGAGCAGUGUUUCUGAUUCAUUCACGGGCUACUGCUGCUGCAGUGUCCUUCCGCAUCGUCGUGCCGAAUAUCACGACGGCGGCUUUAACCUGCACGUGCGGAAUGUCAGCGCACACGUCUUUUCCUCGUCUCUGGCGGCGCUGCAGCUUCUCUGAUUAAAAAGAGUGUCGCGCUGCGACGGGGACCCUCAGCUGCUCUCACGUGCUGGGGUAAACAACAAAGCGGACUGCAGUGUAUAUACUCACACAUACACUCGAAGAGGAAGAAUAAGAAGAGGCAUAUCAAGAGGUGCAGAGAGAUAAAGGGGAGAGAAAGAGAGAAGGGGGUCUGUCUCUCUCUGCACUUGCGGGGCUGCACCUGCCGGGGGGGGGGCUUAUAUCUCUCUCGCUCUCUCUCUCUCUCUCUCUCUCCGGUGCAGUCGAUAAGAGAGCUCUGCGCAGGAAUCGCGGGUAAACAGCACCGCUGUGCGAGAUUAUAAUCCUCCGCUCUUCUGCGACGUUCUUGUAUACAGGAAUCGGCGACUCGAGGGUGGCAGUUGUCAGUCAGUCAGCUGCGCGCUCUCGCCGGAACUGGUCGUUACCUCGCUCGCACAUAUCCAAAGGAUCACGCAUUCAUGAUACAAUAAUAGAAGAGGAACUAAGGGUGCACAGUCGGCUGGAAUGAUAGUUAUGGUGUCACGUGGAUGCGAUGACUGUGGCUGCAGCCGUGGCGGCUCCGUGGCACCGGGCCCACAUCUAUAAGGCCCUCGCCUGCAUCGUCUUCGUCCUCAUAGCCUUGCAGUACUUACUCAGCGGGGCUAUCGAUCGACGAUCGAUCGAGACCAUUUUCACCAUUAAUACCAGUCGACCGCCGCAUCAGCGCGCGCUCGUGAUUUACGGGCCAGCGUCGGCCAGCAGUAACAACAACGUCAUCAACAACAACAACAACAACAACAACAACGAAGACGAGGACGACUCCAGUAGUGGCGCAGGUCCGCCGCCGGGAAACUCCAGCCUCGUCAGCACCUCGUCGGCGGUUAUCGCACCGACGAACAAUUCCUCGAUAUUGCUGAACUCGAUGCUCCGGACCAACUCCUCGGGAUCACCGCUCGACGUCGAGGCCGUGAUUAGGUUGAGAAAUGCGACGAGUUCGACUGUCGGGCUGUCCACGAGCACCAGUCCCACGGCUACGCAGACGCCGAGAUGUCCUCUCGUGCCUCCGAAUCUCGUGGGACCGAUAGCAGUGAGCAAAUCGCCGCCGGAUCUCGCAGCCAUGGAGAAGGCCUUCGCGAAGGUGAAGCAGGGCGGCAGAGGUGCGCCGGAGGACUGCGUCGCGCGCUACCGCGUCGCCAUCGUCAUACCGUUCCGCGACAGAUUCCCGCACCUCAUGACCCUGCUCUACAAUCUGCACCCGCUGCUGCUGCGCCAGCAGCUCGACUAUCAGAUCUUUGUUAUCGAGCAGGAAGGCAACGGCCAGUUCAACCGAGCGAUGCUCAUGAACAUUGGCUACGUCGAGGCGCUCAAGGAGCGGCCCUUCGACUGCUUCAUCUUCCACGACGUCGACCUGCUGCCCGAAAACGACAGGAACCUCUACACCUGCCCGGAGCAGCCGAGACACAUGUCCGUCGCCGUCGAUAAAUUUCUCUACAGGUUACCGUACAGCGACCUCUUCGGCGGCGUGAGCGCCAUGACUACUGAGCACUUUCGCCUGGUGAACGGCUUCAGCAAUGUGUUCUGGGGCUGGGGCGCCGAGGACGACGACAUGGCCAACCGCAUCAAGGCUCGUGGCCUGCACAUUUCGCGCUAUCCGGCCAACAUCGCGCGGUACAAGAUGCUCACGCAUAAGAAGGAAAAGGCAAAUCCCAAACGGUACGAGUUCCUCAAGACCGGCAAAAAGAGGUUCCUGACCGAUGGCCUGAGUAAUCUUCAGUACGAGAUCCUGGUGAAGAAGAAGCCAAAGCUGUACACCUGGUUCUUGGCGCGGUUGACUCCUCCGGCACAGCCCAGCUGAUGGCUGCCUUGGAUCGUCGGGUAAACUCGCGCGGAACAGACCCGGCAGCCUUUCCGCUGGCGAGCCUCGAUCGAUCCACUGGCCAGAGAGCCUUUUUCACGUAGCUUUGCAGAAGAGACGAGCAAAAGAAGAAAGAGAUAAAAUCGAUUUCGCGGGAUACGCGCGCACUACCGAUCUUUUUGAGAAUCCUUUCUUUUUUUACGAUUGCUAUACUAUUGUCCUCCACCGGUCGCCGCUCGCGUCACGAGCGACGUCGGACGAACGAUGCAUUUGUUUUUUAGUUCUCAUCAACGUUUGUACACACACACACACGUAUACAUACUACCUGUUUUCGUCAUUCCUCUAUGUAGCGAGUUUUGUUUCCUCCGCGUAGCUUGUUGUUGCUGUUGAGAGAGCGUUGUUGUGUUUUAUUUUUGUCCUUUCUUUUUCUCUUUUUUUUGUCCAGGUAUAAACAUACCAUAUAUUAUAGCUAAAAUGGCGAUCGACAAAACAAGAUUGUAAAUCGAUGAACAACGAUUUUGAGCGUGUGAGAGUGUGCGAGGUAGAUUUAAAGAUUAUAUGAAAAUGGAAGCAUGUGCCAAAAGCGUAGAAAUGAGUCUUCUUGUGAGAGUCUUGUAUGGACUUUUCAAUUUUCGCGAGAAGUUUGGGAAAAAAGCAUUCUGACGAAGAAAAAAAGAACUAGACUCCGAUUCCAUUCGUACAUUGUUAUUGACUCUCGGUACUAUUGUACUGUAUAAUAUAUAUUAUAUAUAUAAACUCCCAAUACGCGCGUGUUAAGAUAAUAUAAACCACAGUGAAAUGGAUGAGCUGAUUUCCUAAAGUAGACGAUGAGUGAUAGGACGAGAAGCGAGGAUGGUUUGGGACUGCCGAUGAAGAAAUCAUUAAUCCUAAAGUUGAUUUUAUAACUCGACAUGAUAAUGAAAGUAUACCCAUUGUCCUCUCUUCAAUAGCGCCCUUCUUCGACGAGAAAUGGCGCGGGCUUUUUCACACGUUUAUACACAGGAAGCAUUAAUUGAACAAAAGUCGUCGUAUAUAGACGAGAAAGAGAGAGACACGCGAUGACAAAAAAAAAGUUUGUGCCCCGCUUAGAUCGAAGAAAGGAACGCCGUGUAAGCACUGUAUCGUGCGCGCAUGUGUGUUUGUGUGUGAGUGUAUGUGUCACCCUCAUCCUAUGCGCGCGCGAUCGCCCUGAUGUUGUUUCUCGACUCUCGUCGUGCCGAACCACCGAACAACUUGUUAAAUGUAUAUAUCUAUAUAGAAAGCCAUACGAUACAGAAAUGAUCGUGAACACAAAGUUAAUUCCAGAACCAGCCUGCAUGCCCGUAGGGAGGUUAUAAAAGUGAAGAGGAGGAAAAGAGCGACGUACUGAUUUUAUCGAUUAUUGAGUAUAAACCAUAAUUGGAGGCGUUGUACGAGCAUUAAAAAAAAAACUCCAUAAAAAAACUCCGUAAAAAAGAAAUGAAAAAAAAAUUCUCGAGUGCUUUUUAAAGUCGUAGACGCGCAAGCGUGUUUUGCGCACAAUUUCGUCUUCUAUUGUAUAGUCGUAUUAGCGUACAUUCCCUAAUCGCGGGUAGGCUAUCGUUUUAUCCGGGCCUUAUAGAUUUUUUUAGCGGGCCUCUGAAUAAGGAGAUUAAGGAGAAGGGAGAAAUUGGAGCAAGCGGGGUUGUAUAACGACGACGACGACGAAUCGUUAAAGAGGGGAGAAAAAAUAAAAUGAGAGACAAAAAUCGGGCACGCUACUCGGAGAGUGGUCACACCCCUCGUUGAUGCGAUAAGCGAAUGAAAUGAAAUAGCGAACGUGCGAUUACUGCUCCCAGCAAAGUAGCCCGGCCUGCUCGCCUAUUAUCGGUGCUGUGAUUGUGAUGAUGUUCGAGACAGAGCGAACGCUCACCAUUGCGAUUGAAUUGUGAAACAAAUUGCCUCUUCAUCAUUUUUCAACGAUGAUCUGUUAUGUUUUAUGCGCGGCUGUGCGACGCGAUCAUUGAGUUUUCGUGCGUCCUCCGCCACGAUGUGUUGAUUUUUGCAAAAAAAAAAAAAAAAGAAAAGUAAAAACCAAGAAAA